ACCUUCCUACCUGCCUGCACUUCAUUCAAUACAAUUCAAUUCACAGUUCAUCCCUACCAACCAACCAACCAACAAAAGAUCCUAGCCCUUUUUCCGAUCCUUUUUGGGGGAAAGGGCAGCGGCGCAGCGUCGACCGGCUUCCAUCUCCGAUCAUCUUCCUCCGCCGCAGAAUGGCCGCCCUCCGCCGCCGAUCCUCAAAAGAUUCCGCCGGCGAAGUCGCGCCGCCUGGCCACGAUUACAGUUCCCCUCCGACGAAGGCGUCUGAUGCCCUUCCCCUCCCCCUUUACCUUACCAACGCCGUCUUCUUCGCCCUCUUCUUCUCCUCCGUCUACUACCUGCUCCUCCAAUGGCGGGAGAAGAUCCGCAGCUCCAUCCCCCUCCACGUCGUCACUCUCUCCGAGAUCUGCUCCAUAGUCUCCUUCGUCGCCUCCUUCAUCUACCUCCUCGGCUUCUUCGGCAUCGGUUUUGUCCAGUCUCUUGUCAUCCCCCGCACCUCCCACGACGAUCUCCUCGAUGACGACGACGAAUUGAUCGACCAAGACUUCACCGCCGCGAUGCUCAAGGACGACUCACGCGCCGCUCCCUGUAUGCCCUCCGCCGGCGACGACUGCAAAAUCGCCUCUUCCAAAAUCACCCCCAAAUUCGUCUCCGACGACGGCGAGCUUCCCUCUCCGGUGGUCAAUCCCUCCCUCGACGAGGAAGACGAGCAGAUCGUCAAAUCAGUGAUCGACGGAAAAAUCCCAUCCUACUCCCUCGAAUCAAAGCUCGGCGACUGCCGCCGUGCAGCAGCCAUUCGCCGGGAGGCGUUACAGCGCGCCACCGGAAAAUCUCUCGCCGGACUUCCUCUGGAGGGCUUCAAUUACGACGCCAUAUUAGGGCAGUGCUGCGAAAUGCCGGUAGGGUAUGUCCAGAUUCCGGUGGGCAUAGCAGGGCCACUCCUUCUCGACGGCAGAGAAUAUUCCGUCCCCAUGGCCACAACAGAGGGCUGUCUGGUCGCCAGCACCAACAGAGGCUGCAAAGCCAUUUUAGCCUCCGGCGGAGCUUUCAGCGCAGUUCUCAGAGAUGGAAUGACAAGAGCUCCGGUCGUCAGAUUCGCCACAGCCAAGCGAGCUGCAGAAUUGAAGUUCUUCCUCGAGGAUCCUCUCAAUUUCGAAACCUUAUCAAUGGUGUUCAACAGCUCCAGCCGCUUCGGCAGGCUGCAGAGCAUCAAAUGCGCAGUGGCCGGAAAGAAUCUCUACAUAAGAUUCUCCUGCAGCACAGGGGACGCCAUGGGAAUGAACAUGGUAUCCAAGGGAGUGCAGAACGUAAUCGACUUCCUCGGCAACGAAUUCUCAGACAUGGAAGUGAUCGGCUUAUCCGGGAACUACUGUUCGGACAAGAAACCUGCAGCAGUGAAUUGGAUCGAAGGAAGAGGCAAAUCAGUGGUGUGCGAAGCCAUAAUCAAGGAAGAAGUGGUGAAGAAGGUGCUCAAAACCAACGUUUCCUCAUUGGUGGAACUCAACAUGCUCAAGAACCUCACGGGCUCCGCCGUCGCCGGAGCUCUCGGCGGAUUCAACGCCCACGCCAGCAACCUCGUAUCUGCAGUCUACAUCGCCACCGGUCAAGAUCCAGCGCAGAAUAUCGAGAGCUCUCACUGCAUCACGAUGAUGGAGGCAGUGAAUGAUGGGAAGGAUCUGCACAUUUCUGUGACAAUGCCUUCGAUCGAGGUUGGGACAGUCGGGGGCGGAACUCAGUUGCCGUCGCAGUCGGCGUGUCUGAAUCUUCUGGGGGUGAAGGGGGCGAGUAAGGAGGUCCCGGGGUCCAACUCGAGGCUGUUGGCCACCAUUGUUGCAGGGACAGUUCUUGCAGGAGAGCUCUCCCUCAUGUCUGCAAUUUCUGCAGGGCAACUUGUGAAUAGCCACAUGAAGUUCAACAGAGCCAGCCAUAACAAAGAUGCUGCCCCAAAGCUUUCUACUUGAGAUUGAGAGACAGAGAGAGUCGAUUAGGGAGUGGGGAUCAAUCUCCUCCUCAAACUCAGAGGUUAUAUAAAUAAAUAAAUAAUAAUAAGUAAUAUGAUCACUGCCUGUUGUUAGUGCUAUCUAUCUAUAUAUGUAUGUAUGUAUGUAGAUUGCAGACGGACUCCAUUAAUUCUGCAGCAGCAGUAAGUGGAGAGAAAUGCGAUCAAUCAAUGAAUCCGCUGGUGUUCAAAUUUGUUAUUCUUUGAUAUGUUACAGUAUUGUACUCU